UCUCCUUCUCCUUCUUCUACCUUGAGCUCCAAACCAAUCCUCUUCCAUGGGAGACCCCUACACCAAUUUCUUGAGAGGCUACCACCACCGCUCGCACCCACUUCAGUUCCCUCAUCGGCCGCAGCCGCAGCCCUACGCCGCCGCGUCCUCCUCCUUCUCCGGCCUCUACUCCUCCUACCUCCACCACCCACCACCUCCCCCUUCCUCCCCUCCCAUCAGGGAAGCCCUCCCGCUCCUCAGCCUCACUCCCUCCUGCAGCGCCAACCCACCACCGCACCACGACGACCACCGGCACGGCGCCCUCCGCCGCCAUGAUCAGGAUCACGAAGAUGCCGAGCAGAAGGGCAAGAGAGACGACGCUUACAAGAACAAGAGCUGCAGCAACGACGACGACGAGCAGCAAGGCGCCGCUGGCGAUCAUGCCGCCGGGGAGGUCACCGUCGCCCUGCACAUCGGCCUCCCGAGCCCCAGCCCCUCCGCCGCCGCCAACGCAGGCCACCAAGAAGCAGCAGCAGCAGCAGCAGAAGCAUCUGGAGGAGGAGGAGGAAGCAGCAGGAUGCGAGAGGAGGGAGGAGGAGGAGGAGGAGAUCGGGAGGUAGCGGUGGAGGAGGAAGAAGAAGAAGGAGGGGAGGAGGGCUCGACGACGACGCUGCCGCUGGGGUGCGCGUCCAUAGGGAUCGGGAAGCUGACCAAGGGGCAGUACUGGAUCCCCACCCCGUCCCAGAUCCUCAUUGGCCCCACCCAAUUCUCCUGCCCCGUCUGCUACAAGACCUUCAACAGAUACAACAACAUGCAGAUGCAUAUGUGGGGGCAUGGGUCGCAGUACAGGAAGGGGCCGGAGUCGCUGAGGGGGACGCAGCCGACGGCGAUGCUGCGGCUGCCGUGCUACUGCUGCGCGGCGGGGUGCAGGAACAACAUCGACCACCCGCGGGCGCGGCCGCUCAAGGACUUCCGGACGCUGCAGACGCACUACAAGCGGAAGCACGGGAUCAAGCCCUUCAUGUGCCGCAAGUGCGGCAAGGCCUUCGCCGUCCGCGGCGACUGGCGCACCCACGAGAAGAACUGCGGCAAGCUCUGGUACUGCGCCUGCGGCUCCGACUUCAAGCACAAGCGCUCCCUCAAGGACCACAUCCGCGCCUUCGGCCGCGGCCACGCCGCCUGCGGCAUCGACUCCUUCGACGCCGACGACCUCGACCUCGACCCCGACGACGACCCCUCCUCCGACCUCGACCACGCCUCCUCCUCCGCCGCCGCCUCACGACGACCCCUCGCCGAUCGCCCCCUGAUCCGGUGAGUACCACUACGUACCACAGGAUCGAUCGAGCUAAUUAUAUAUAAUUGUUGCAUGAUCAUCGUCGAUCAGAUCAAUACGUGGUGGUGGUAGUACGUACGUGCUAUAUAUGAUGAUCCGUGUGUGUUACACGAAUUGAAGCUGUUGUGGGGUAUAGACGAUGAUGAUGAUGAUAGUGCGAAUUUUUUUCAGGGUUUUUUCGGGGGUAUUAAUUAGUUGAGAAACAGAUUAAUGAAUUACUGCAAGCAAGAGCAGAUGUGUACUUUGUUAGUACUACCUACGUGAGUUGAGUUCUAAUCGUUCGGAUGGAUGGAUAUACAAACCCUAGCGGCUUCAUUGUAUGUGCAGACUUAUUAAUUUGAUUUGGUAUAUGGUCAAAUUGGUGAUACGGGUUAAUUAAAUUAACUAUAUAUAUCAGUGUUAUUUUAGAGGAAUUAUAUAUAUUUUCAUUGUGGCAUUAUGCAUGCAUGCAAGCAGGGUUUGCCCUUUUCAUUUUACUGGCUAACUAGUCCUAGGCUCCUAGCUUUGUUGAUUUCUAUUGA